AUGGAGAUAGAUCUAAGUCAGUACGCAAACAUAGUGUUAGCGGACCCACAAUUUUAUAUCCGUGACACCAUAGACGUGAUAUUGGGGGCUGAUGUUUAUGCACAACUGUUACGGUCCGGCGUGCGCAGGUUUGCUGGGUCACAGCUGACUGCCCAAAAUACAGCGCUCGGAUGGAUUUUGUCGGGACCGGUUCAAGCGAGCGCGUCACGGCGGGCGGAGCACUCUACUCCGGCCCAAGCGCUGCAUUGCGUUUCGGUACAGGACCUUGACGACUCGUUGCAACGGUUCUGGAAUCUUGAGGAGAUACCGAGCACUGCGUCCAAAUUAACGCCAGAAGAGGAGGCAUGCGAGACCCUUUUUCGUGAGUCGCAUACGCGCGAUUCAGAGGGCCGAUUCGUAGUGCGGCUUCCUCUGAAGUCUAUUCCACCGGCGGUGUCCACGGAGACGCGACGCAUGGCGCUAGGCUCGCUCUCACAUAUGCAUAGGCGGUUUUCACGGGACCCGAAACUUGAGGAAGCGUAUUGCGACUUUAUGUCUACAUAUGAACGACUCGGGCAUAUGACGCGCGUUCCAGCGACAGAGAUCGAUAACUCUCGGGCAUGGUAUUUACCACACCAUGCAGUUGUCCAGCUUACUCAACCGACUCCGAAAUUGCGAGUAGUUUUCGACGCGUCUAGAUUGACAGGCGACAAGCACCGAUUAAACGAUUUCCUUAUGCCAGGACCGGCUCUUCAAAGCGAUCUCGCGUUGAUAUUACUUAAUUGGCGCAAAUACCGUUUCGUUUUCACGACCGAUAUAGUUAAAAUGUUCCGGCAAAUUCGCGUAGCCCCACAGGAUCAGGACUAUCAAAGGAUAGUAUGGGCCUCCAGUCCUAACGAGUCUCCAGCAGACUAUCGUUUAACCACCGUGACGUAUGAAACCGCUUGCGCGCCUUAUCUAGCGAUCCACACCUUAUUGCAAUUGGCGCAAAAUGAGAGGCAACGACUUCCUCUCGGGGCUCAGUGUCUUGAGAAUAAUACCUACGACGAUGAUGUUUUUGCGGGAGCCGAUGAACUCUCACUUGCGGUUACGAAGAGAGAUGAUCUAACGAAAAUUCUCAAGUAG